UUUUCCUCCUACAAUUGUAAAACGAGCCAUUAACGCCAGUAAACAUUACCGAUGUGAAGAGUUGGCAAACACACGGACUUUAUCGAAAAUUUCGUGUACAACACGGGUCACUAUAUUUUCGGAAAAGAACAAAGAAUUAUCUCGAGAGGAUUAUACACACGUCUUAUUCCUCUCGACUCCUAAAAUUCAAGCAGAAGUUAAAAUUAUAAUUGAAUAUCUUUACCACAAAGAUCAUUUCAAGGUGAAAGUAAAAAAAGAACAUUUGUUUCAUCACUGAAAAUAGUAUAUAAAACAUAUAUAUAUAUAUAUAUAUCGCGAUUCAAAAUUUCACAGUCGCAAUGAAUCAUCUUGUAGACACGAUCCAGACCUAAAAUAUAAUCAUCUUAACAAAACGUUCCCGAAUCGAAUCAAUGACUAAUUAUACGUUGGAACAACGACGCGGAGAAAAAGGUUUUGGAUCGAACGUCGUUUGUGGGAUAACGUAUCGAUCAUCCAUCGGGGAUCCAUUACAGGAACUGUGCCAGCUUAGAUCCUUCGAACACGGAGAGAGGUCGACGAUCGUUUCAAGGGAGGAUGGCUUCAUGGAUUUUGUUGAACGAGUUGAGAGAUCGCAACUGACCUGCAGAGGAUGGGAUUUGCACUACGAAGGGAUGGUCGACGAACGGUUGUUUGACGGUACCACCCCCACACCGAGGCAUGGCAAACCUGGUAUCGCAUUCACGGUCCACUGCUUCAGGAUUCGGGUCUCCACCCUGUCUCUACGCCCGUGUUUCCUCGUGAAAAAAGAAAAGAGAGAGGUGGAGAGAAGGGAGAGAGAAAGGAGAGAGAGAGAUGAUACGGUAAAGGCUACCCAUCGUUGGCGAUCUGUAACCCUCGAUCGUCGGAUCUGAACAUAUCUCACGACGAAACAUACUUAACAGAUGGUUAGGUGAACAACGCAUUUGUCUUACAAAUUGCAGCAUCGAAACGUCUUCACGGUUUCUACCUCGAAAAUUGUUCAUCCAACUGUUCUGUAUCCGAGAAAAUUUAUGGAAAAAAUUUAUUUUCUACCUGAAGAAUAGUUUUUCGAUUACUACUGUUGGAAUCGAUUGUACCGUGGAAAAAUUUCAGAAGUUCGUCUUUGGCAAUGUAGUUUAAACUAAGUUAAUGUAGAAACGUUGACGUAAUUAUUACAUUACGUAUUGCAAUAUAAGUAACAGAGUACCAGCGAACAUGAUUGCUCUUCAUAAGAAUAUAUUGACUUUCGUAUACUUAAAGAGAGUUUAUAGAAAAUCCUAUCCGAGAGUGCCAUCGAACAAUCGUAAAUCCUGAACCAUCUUGCGUCUGUUCGACGAGAAAUCUAUGUUGCGAACGGAUCGUGAAUCCAUGAACAUAACGCAAUCGCCUCACGCAUCCGUCUUAUUCCAAGAUCAAGUCACGUGUGAGACUGCAUGGUAAUCAG